CGGCAUUUUUUCGAAAGUGCCCAUUCCUCUACAAAACCCCUCUUUAAUCCUUCCUCUCUAUGCAACAGUGUCCUCUACUCUCCUCCUACCUUAUGCCUCUCCACUUCAAUACUGAACAAAAGCUGCUCCUUUCAGUUUUCUAUUCUGUAAAGACGCCUACUUGAACGUCUCUUCUCUCCGAAAAAAUCAAUCAUCCACAACGUUAUAGAGAUUAUUUUUACUUAGAGAUGGGCAUAAGUUAUGAAUAUACCCCUUCCAUUCUCUUAUGUGCUGAGGAAAACCACAGCAUCUUUUGCUUAGAUGAGGAGGAAGAAGUAGUUCAGAGGAAUUGGUCCGAUUUGUCUCCUCAGCCAAAAAGCAGCGGCCUUUAUGGGACUUCCUUCAAUGUCUUCCCCCUGCAAUCGGAUGAGUGUUUGGACUUGUUAAUAGAGAGAGAAACCAAGCACAUGCCGAGUGAUAACUACACCAAAAGGCUGGCGAGUGGUUCUUUGGAUGUUUCCAUCAGAACAGAUGCCAUUGAUUGUAUUCUAAUGGCUCAUGCCUAUAACAAUUUUGGACCUUUGAGUGCUUACCUUUCUGUAAAUUAUCUGGAUAGAUUCCUGUCAUCCUAUGAGCUCCCUAAAGGAAAAACCUGGAUGGCUCAAUUAUUAGCAGUAGCUUGCUUGUCUUUGGCUGCCAAAAUGGAGGAGGCGACGGUCCCUCUAUUUCUUGAUCUGCAGGUGGCGGAGGCCAAGUUUGUUUUUGAGGCUAGGACUAUACAGAGAAUGGAGCUUCUUCUAUUGAGUACUCUGAAGUGGAGAAUGCAAUCUGUGACACCUUUUUCCUUCAUAGAAUGCUUCCUUCGCAAGCUGAAUGGGGGCGAUUUGCCAUCCGAGCUAUCAAUUUCUCGAGCAGUGAAGCUCAUCCUUGGCACCAUCAAAGGGAUUGGCUUCCUAUCAUUCAAACCUUCUGAAAUUGCUGCAGCCAUAGCUAUAUGGGUGAAAGGCGAAGCCAAUGCAAUAGAAGUUGAGAAGACCAUUACUUAUUCCAACAAAAUAGAUAAGGAGAGAGUUUUAAGAUGUUAUAAAGUGAUGCAGGAGGAGUUAUUGAUGACUUGUGUUGAAUCUGCUGAUAACAAGAAUUGGGAUUCGUCAGUUACCUAUAUGCCGCAGAGCCCAAUUGGCGUUCUGGAUGCUGCAUGCUUGAGCUACAAAAGUGAUGAAAUGACUUCUUCGUCACAGCCAAGCUCUCACCACUCCUCUCCAGCAGAAAAAAGAAGGAAAAUUAGUAGGCCUUCUUUUUCAUGAAGGGAAGAAAGUUCCCCCUUUUUUGUUUCUAUACUCAUAAUGGUUAGAAAAGCUUUAAGUUUCAGGAUAAUUUAGUUGAUUUGAUAAUGAGAUGAAAAAAAAAAAAAAGACAGAAAUGAUGAAGAUGGAGGUAUGGAUCAGUUGCCCCUGAUUUUGCUAUCUGAACAGGGUUGCCACCAACCGGUUAUUAAGCAGGCAUAAGCUGACUAUCGAGAAGGAAGAAAAGAACACCCAAAAAAAUCCACCGAAGAAAAAAGAGAUUGUACUCUCCUUCGCUUAAGUGGAUCAAUCAAACUGAAAGAGGAUUAAAUGGAGCUUAACUUUUUCUUUCUUUGUAUGAAUUUGUUUAAGGAAUAGAGUUUUUAAUUGGAAGAAAAUUAUGAGAACAGAGGUUGAUGUGUGUGUAUUGGGAAAUGGUAUAUUGUAGUAUUGUAACGAGUGUUUGUUGUUCUUAUUAUCAUGUAAAAUUUUGAAUAAACUUAUUCCCAAUAGAACCAAAGAAGCUCUGCUACAGCAUUGAGAUAA